ACACUAAUAGCAGUGAUCUAAUUUGCCCAAUGAUCAGCUAGACAGUCCAUAUAAUGGAAAUCCGAACUUAAAAAAAAAAAAAAAGAGAGAGCUGAAUUUCAAUCAAGCUAUCUAGAGCACAGAAUCGGCACGGCUGUGGCACCACGACCUCCGACGAAGAAGAAGCCAUCUCUGCAGAGACGCCGGAGUAUCGGAGUCACCGGAGGUCCUGACAAGACGAUGAAAUGUGAAGAUUCUAGCUCCUCCCCGGUGCUCGAACGGGAGUACGCGCAGGGAGUUCUAAUCAGCGAGAUUGUGCUGGAUAAGUGGAGCCUCCCGGAAUCGUCCUCCAAGAAACUGAAACUUGGCCUCAGAAGGGCCGCGAAAAGGCCCGGAGAGACGAUAAUUAAAGGCCACCGGAGCUACGAUCUCAUGCUCUGUCUGCAGCUUGGAAUCAGGUACACAGUUGGAAAGAUUACGCCCAUCCCGGAGCGUCAAGUGCGAACUUCUGAUUAUGGCCACAAAGCUAAUUUCUGGAUGAACUUCCCCAAAAACGGAUCAAAGCUUACUCCUUCACAUCGUGCUCUAGAUUUUAAGUGGAAGGACUACUGCCCAAUGGUUUUCAGAAAUUUGAGGGAGAUGUUCAAGAUUGAUACAGCAGACUACAUGAUUUCCAUUAGUGGAAGUGAUGCACUUAGGGAGCUAUCUUCUCCUGGAAAGAGUGGGAGUAUCUUUUUCUUGUCGCAGGACGACCGGUUCAUGAUCAAGACUCUUCGGAAAUCAGAAGUGCAGGUUCUUCUGCGUAUGCUCCCAUACUAUUAUCGUCAUGUCCAAACCUAUGAGAAUACACUCGUAACUAAAUUUUUUGGCCUCCACCGGGUGACACCUUCCAGUGGUCGAAAGUUUCAAUUUGUAGUAAUGGGCAACAUGUUCUGCACAGAACUAAGAAUUCAUCGAAGAUUUGACUUAAAAGGUUCAUCUUUGGGACGUUCUACAGAGAAAAUUAAAAUCGACGAGAACACGACGCUGAAAGACUUGGAUCUGAAUUAUUCAUUUUAUCUUGAGCCUUCUUGGCGGGGUGCUUUGCUUAAGCAGAUUGAAAUCGACAGCGAAUUUCUAAGGAACCAUGGUAUAAUGGAUUACAGCUUACUUCUUGGUUUCCAUUACCGAGCUCGUCGAAACCUACAAAUAGGAUCAUCAUGUCGUGAAAGCAUUUUGCCAGAUAACUUAACCGUUCUUUCAGAAGCAGAUGUCGCAGAGGAGAAUUCCGUUUAUAACUAUCAAGACGGGCUGAUUUUGCUGCAGCGAGGCAGCAACAAAAAUGGUCCAGCUUCUGUCGGCCCACACAUCAGGGGAAGCCGCCUGCGUUCGUCAUCGGCAUGUUUCGAGGAAGUUGAUCUUCUGCUUCCAGGCACAGGAAGGCUUCCGAUCCAGCUAGGAGUCAACAUGCCGGCGAGAGCGGAGAAAGAAGAUAAACAAGAGGAUGGCAGCAAAUCGCUCCAUCAUGUUUAUGAUGUCGUACUCUACAUAGGGAUCAUUGAUAUUCUGCAGAAGUACAACAUGACGAAGAAGAUUGAGCAUGCAUAUAAGUCCAUCAAGUAUAAGUAUAACCCCUUGUCAAUAUCUGCUGUGGAACCUCGAUUCUACUCGGAGCGCUUCUUCAAGUUUGUCGGCACCGCCUUCCCCGAGAACUCAUAUAAUCAAUAAAUCAUCUUUCUUUCCUCAUCUUGGUCAAGUAUUAUUUAAAAAAAAGAGAAAAUCCUAGGGAGUCUGUUUUUUUUUUAAGAAUAAGAAGUGUUUUUACCUGAUAUACUGAUGCUGCGCAUGUGUAUGCUUUGAGAUUGUUGGAAGCAAUGCAUGCAUGUAUUUGUCAAACACAACAUUCAUAGCAACUAGGAAUCAGUGAGGGCUCAUUAUGAAUGGAUUUAGGUGGGUUUUCUUCCA